CUCCCCACUGCCUUCUCCUCGGCUGAUCCACCAGGAGCUAGGAUUCACUACUGGGCGCCUCAUCAGCAAUAAGAACAACUGGACGCAUGCAUUAGUUAAAUAUCAUUUAGGCUUAAAAACAUUUUUUUUUAUUUAAAAGAAGGGGAUUUUCACUUCUGGGAUCUGUGUGGGCAACCAAGAUCUUCUAUUAUCUCUCUCUGGUGCUAAGCGUCCAACAUGGGGAUAAAGGCAGCUCUUCCAAAAUAUGAGUUGUAUUUCUACACACUGGUGCUGUCCCUCGCAGGUCUCUGGGCAGCAAGCUGGAUCUUUGAAGCAUCUAGUGAUAACGUGAACAGGAAGACCUUUAAGGAGAGCGUCAAGCCAGGAUGGCAUUACUUUGGCCGUAAAAUGGACGUAGCUGACUUCGAGUGGGUCAUGUGGUUUACAAAGUUCAGGAACCACAUUGUCUUUGCCCUGUCCGGUCAUGUGAUCUUCGCAAAGAUCUGCUCAAUGGCAGCACCUCAGCUCAGAUCCACAGUGUACAUGGUCUACGGGAUGCUUGCUGUGCUCGCUACCAUGGGGCUCACCUUCACGAUGCUCAUCCUUUCCCACUGCGUCCUGCUGUACAGCGUCUCUCUGUCCAAGCAGAAAUGGCUCUGCUUUGCCGCUGGACUCUGCAGCUUAGCCACUUUUAAACUGGAGCCUUUCAGUUCCUGGCAGUCUGGCUUGGUGACUGGGACUUUCGCUCUUCAAGAUGUUCUGUUUUACGGAGGAAGUGGUUUCACCAUCAUGCGCUGCCUGAGCUUUGCCUUGGAGAACUAUGAGAAGAAGGAUGGGAAUUACUCCUUCCUGGAGCUGCUCAAGUACAACUUCUACCUGCCCUUCUUCUUCUUCGGACCCAUCAUGACGUUCGAUAGGUUCCAUGCGCAGGUGAAUACUCCUGACUUGACUCGUAAAGAUCGUGAGAUGUGGAAUAUCCGGAUCCAGGCGGUGCUGCACUUGGCUGCCAUUGUUGUGGUGGACGUGCUUUUCCAUUUCCUCUACAUUCUGACCAUACCUUCUGACAUGAAACUAGUGAAACAGCUAUCAGACUGGUCACUAGCGGGCCUGGCCUAUUCUAACCUGGUGUACGAUUGGGUGAAAGCAGCAGUCAUGUUUGGGGUCAUCAAUACCGUGUCACGACUGGACCAUCUGGACCCUCCACAGCCCCCCAAGUGCAUCACCAUGCUUUAUGUCUUCGCAGAAACGCAUUUUGACAGGGGGAUCAAUGACUGGCUGUGCAAGUAUGUUUACGACUACCUUGGUGGUAACCAUGACAACAUUGUGAAGGAGCUGCUGGCCACCGUGUGCACCUUUGCCGUGACAACCCUGUGGCUCGGCCCCUGUCAUGUGGUCUACAUCUGGUCUUUCUUCAACUGCUUUGGCCUCAACUUCGAACUCUGGGUGGCAAAGUUCUUCGAGCUUGAGCCGUUUGCUUCGAUGGAGGCAAAGAUGUCUGAAGCCACGUCUCGCAGGAUCAGGGGCGUGUUUAAUGCAGCUAACUUCUGGACCAUCAUCCUGUACAAUGUACUGGCUCUGAACAGCCUGGACUUUGCAAACCUGGUUUUUAAGAGGUUGCUCAUCACAGGUUUCCCCCUGUCCACUCUGUCAGUCCUGUUUGUUACCUACUGUGGAGUCCAGCUGAUAAAGGAGCGAGAGAGAAGACUGGCCCUGGAGGAAGAAGGAGCCGAGAAGGAAAAAACGGAAUAAGAUGAUCAGUCCUGUUUCCUUUCCACUGUGCAGGAGUAAAGAAAAAAAAACAACCUCCUCCAUCCUGUUACUGGCUUUGUUCCAGCCAAAGUCAAUCACAAUGCACUGCACACUGUACCUGUGUAUAGAACUCAAUCACAAUGCACUGCACACUGUACCUGUGUAUAGAACUCAAUCACAAUGCACUGCACACUGUACCUGUGUAUAGAACUCAAUCACAAUGCACUGCACACUGUACCUGUGUAUAGAGCUCCAUCACAAUGCACUGCACACUGUACCUGUGUAUAGAGCUCCAUCACAAUGCACUGCACACUGUACCUGUGUAUAGAACUCAAUCACAAUGCACUGCACACUGUACCUGUGUAUAGAACUCAAUCACAAUGCACUGCACACUGUACCUGUGUAUAGGGCUCCAUCACAAUGCACUGCACACUGUACCUGUGUAUAGAGCUCCAUCACAAUGCACUGCACACUGUACCUGUGUAUAGAGCUCAAUCACAGUGCACUGCACACUGUACCUGUGUAUAGAGCUCCAUCACAAUGCACUGCACACUGUACCUGUGUAUAGAACUCCAUCACAAUGCACUGCACACUGUACCUGUGUAUAGAACUCCAUCACAAUGCACUGCACACUGUACCUGUGUAUAGAACUCAAUCACAAUGCACUGCACACUGUACCUGUGUAUAGAGCUCCAUCACAAUGCACUGCACACUGUACCUGUGUAUAGAGCUCCAUCUCAAUGCACUGCACACUGUGUAUAGUUUGGAAGCGCAUUUGUUUUACAGACCGCUUGUGCAUUUUUUCUAACUGAGCCAAAAAUUAGUCAAAAGGAGGUUUGUAGUUUGUUCAACAUUUGCUGAUGUAAGAUUAUGUAUAUUAAAUAUAAUAUAUAAAAGACCAUAUUU